CCACGACUCUAUGUGCCUGUCAUAGCAUCAGCACCGUAUCCACGUGUAGUGGUGCAGCGCAAACCGUCGGUCGUAGUUGUUCUACUGGCGCAGAAGUACUAGCAGUAUUACGCAAAUACAUGCUGCGCGAGCGCGACCAAGUGCCACCCCCACGGAAGACUUGGAAUUUUGAUUCUUGAAUUCGAAAAUCAUGUGUGUGUUAGUCUCUUCGCAACGACGUGCGUCGUCGCUUUUCGUGUCCGGUCGCCCUGGUCAUCUUGGACCAAGACAACUUAUGUUGCUAUUGCUGCUGGAACUCCACCGAAUUCGAGGCACUUUCGGGUACGGUCUCACAGUGAGAGCAAGUAGCUUCUCUGAAGACGGCGCGUCGGCGUCGUCGGCCGGCGAGACGGAUGGCAGGAACAGCAGCCAGCAUGACGAAAGUGUAGUUCUCGCGCAUGUUAAUCAACAACUACAUGGAGGUGGAGUUGUGGUCGAGCGCGAAUGCCCAACCGACAACUGUGACAUGAUCACCGAUCCAUUGUUGCUUGUAACAAGCAAAAGCAACUUCUACCCUUUGAGGCUUUGCAACCCGCCCCGGCGGAUCCCGAUGCUGCGGGGAUUGCCGUUCGAUGGUGCGAAAGACGUCGUAUCGUCCACGGGAAGGCUGGUUUGCAGUUCAAAUAGGAAAGCAGGCAGCUCUUCGGGAACUGCACAACAAGAAGAUGAAGGGCCCGAAACCUCCGAAAGCGAUGAGGUGGAGUCCGAUACCGAUUUCUCGUCCAUGGAACAACAGCAUGACGCGGCGAACGGCGCGCAUCAAAUUCAAAGGCCGCGACACGGCAGGCCGCGUUCUGCCCUGCCUCUUCUUUUUGGGGGGUCCGCGCGGAGACUCAACGACGCAUUAGAGCAAUUAAGGCAUGAGGACGAAGAAGAUCAUCAAGAUCAGGCAGAAGUAGCUUCAUCUUCAGAUGUUGAAAACGAGAAGGAAAACGAGCACGAGAUGAAGAUGAAUCAGAAUCAUCGGGAAGGAGGACUACAGGACGAAGAAACCGCUGAGGUCGUAGUUGAAAGAGGUAAAGUAGAGCACGACGUCGUGGUGGUGGUACCAGAAGAAGCAGUACCAGUAGCAGAGCAUCAAGCAGACGAAAUAAACGUAAACCUAAACCCCCAGCAAGACGAUAAUUCGUCCCAGAAAAACUUCUACGCUUUGAACACGCUGCCGGACCAGAUUUUCGCGGAGUGGAUCUGGCGCCCGAAUUUUGUGGAUUUCAAGAAUUCGCUUGGCGUGGUGGACCGCGCCCGUGCAGACGCUUUCACACGCGAAGGAAAACUCCGGCGGAAACGGCUACUUUGCCAGCUCGCGCGGUUCUACGGAGAUGACAGCUCGUCCCUCUGCCGUUGGUGCUCGAUGAUGACACAGAGCUUCUCCGAGUUCUUGCAGGACGAGCCUGAUGGCCACGAUGUAGCUUUUGUUGAUGCUGCAUCUUCAGGAGACCACGAGGCCAACCUGCGGCCGCCCCUGAGUAAUCACGAUGCAGCACAUCAUCAGGAGAGGACGAGCAACAGCAACGGCCAGCGACCCGCCCCCGCCGCAGGAACUAGUCCAACCAUUAACAGCAGCAGCAAUUUUGGGGAAGAUCCAGCGAGGAGCUGUGCGCGACGCAAGAACCGGAUGCGAAUGCCGACCACGGUUUUUUACCAUGAUUAUCCCGAGCUUCGCGUCAGGAACCGGCGGCGGCGGGGUGAGCCUGAGCAGAGUAGAUCCAAUGCAGCUGCGGCUAGUGCAGCAUCUUCGUCUUCCAAUGUAGUAUCACCCACAACACGAACACGACUAGAUUCCUUUCAAGACGAGUCAUCGAACGAAACAACUUGGACCACGGAAGAGGAGAAUAUCACACGGCAAGAACCGGGUUACGUUGAGGACGCGCGAGCGAUGCAGCAGGCGAUAUUAUCGCGGCUACCCAUGCGAAGAUCCCGGUCAUCUAUUGUGGAGAACGCGUUCCGACAGUAUCGGCAACGGUAUGAGGAGCGGAACCGGGCCACGCCCACGGAGGAGGAAGAAGAAAAUCACGAAAGCGAGACGAACUUCCAUCGCAAAAAUAGCAACAAACGGCGCCGGCCAGCGACAUCAUCAGAAGUAGACCACGACGACGACAGUGGGCGGCCAGCAUCUUCAGCAUCCUCCCAAGAAGAUGUCGAGGCGACUGAGACGCCAUUGACGGUGUUAGACUUUGUUUUUCUGCUCCGCCUGAUUGGUGUCAGUAGGGACGGGAUCAGCCGUAUGAAGCAAUUGCUGUUCGAGAUAGUGGAGGAAAAGCAACCCGGCGAGGUUGCCUUCGUGAAGGCGGCGAAAAAGCCGUGCAAUGCGCUCCUGUCUCCUUCCGGCGCCCGCGCGGCCGCCUACGGAGCCGGGAGAAGGUUGGCGCACGAAGAGGAUUUUUCAGGAGGAACGCAGAACGAGGACAGAACAGGACGGGCGACUUCGGAAAGUUUGCGAGAUGCGGGCACGAACAGUCGGAUUUUUCUCGACGGCUGCGAGAUACACGAGGACGAGAGUCGCGGGUGCAUUUUCCGCGUCUCGGGCCGGUGGAAUUACGAACUGAAACUGUUCCGCCACCCCCCGAAGCCGAAGGAGGACAAUGUGCGUAUAUGCAGUGCAAAAGUAUUGUACUAGUAGAAAUAGGAAUAGCAUUCAAAUUUUUCCAGAAGGAAAAAUGGAAUUUGUAUAAAUGCUGAAUAAGCUAAGGAACCAGAUUUGUCAUGUAUGACUGCAAUUAGUACUACGAGUGCGAUACUUUUGCACUGCAUAGCGCACCGUGAUGGCCUAUUUACCGGAAAAGGUGGAGGGAGAUUGCGUCUGGGAUCGAGUUUUGGCGUCUAAGGUGGUGAUGGAUUUGUGAGGGGAUGGAGAGUUAUUUUUGUUUUGAGUUUCAUUUCGGACUAAGAAAUGCAUUUGCGUUGACCGCGUUUUUGAUGGAAACCACAAGUACUUGAACUUGAUACGCAAAAACCAUGACAAAACGCAGUGUCUAGUACAUCACUAUUUCCAACUCGGCCCCGCAGUACGCACGUACCGAAAAAUGAGUAUUAGUCUAGUACGUAGCAUGCAUUGUACGAUAUUGGCUGUCUCAGUCUCUGCUUCACGCAUACCGAAUCCGAACCCUAAUUAAAGUACAUAAAUGCGCUAUAUGCAAUUUUAGUUUUCCGUUUCCUUUUGUUGUCUGCGAAACGCACAGCGAAACUACAUGUAAAGUAGUUAUUGACUCAAACGCGAGCGAUUGGAUAUUUCAUAUCGCCAUGAAAACGACCACGAAGCAAGCAGGUGCUUAAAGUACAGUACACUACAAGGAAGCCAGCUCGCAGUAGCAGUCGGCUGCUUAAGAAUGCCCUGCUCGCUCGCAUAAUUCCAAGAACAUGCUGCAACUGCAGCGCCUCUCCCCGGGAACAGCUUUGUUGGCGGUGGUCACGUGUGCACCUCGCUUCUGGUUUAUUCCCGGAUGAGGAGCAGGACUUCUCAGUUUUACUAUCUUUCUAAUCGGAAUCACGUGAUAUGCGCUUGUUUAGUGUUUUUGUUUUUCAAUUAGACCAGACGACUCUCUGCGGCUGGCGACGAUCCGAAGAAAGAUGAUGACAGAUGCCGUGACUGUCCUCGACGUCCGUGCAGAAAACGAAGGCCCAAAAUACGAAGUUCAAUAUCCCAAACGAGGAUCGUCAGGACCCC